GUUAUUAUUUCGUUUCUUUCUAGGUUAGAUUCUAUAUUAUGCAGAAUGAGCACGUCUGAUACUCCUAUAAAUUUACAGGAUGGUCUCAUAUGGACUCACAAAUUGAAUUAUUACGGUGGUAGUAUAGUUUUGUUAGAAGAUAUCUGUGGAACAUUGGGCCUUUCAUGUUUUGGUAUCGCUUUAUUGAUAGUUUUGGUAUACUUUACUGUUACUUUAAAUAACUAUCUUUAUAGCAAGUAUUCCUCAUCUUUCUCAUCUCCAGAAAGUGCUUGUUCUGGCCCCUCGAAGCACACUGUGACUUCCGACGAAAAGAAAGACUGUAAUGUGGAUGAUGGUAUGAACUCUUUUCUUCAUCCAGUUACUCACCUUGCUGUUAUCAUGGAUGGAAAUCGACGCUACGGAAAAAAAUGCUGUAGUAAGCUUGAAAAUGCAAUGUCAUUAGAAGAAAUUGAGUCCUUUUGCAAGCAGAUUAGCACCGAAAUAGCCAACAAUAGCGGCAAAACGAACUCAGAUAGCACUUUCUAUAAAUGUACCAGUUGGUUUAAUGACAGAUAUGAAAAGUUUUCACACAUGGUUCAGUUCACUUUUUUAGAUGGACAUCGACUUGGUAGCGAGAAGCUCUUGGAAUUUAUAAAAGACUGCAUCGAAGCGCGUAUAGCAAUGCUUACAGUUUAUGCGUUUUCGACGAAUAAUUGGGACCGCCCUGUAGUCGAAUUACAGGUUUUAACGACACUUUUCUUAUUAUUUUUUGGAAAAAUACGAUCUAUUAUAUAUGAGUAUGGCAUUUUUAUUCGAUUUGUUUCAACUGAACCCAAAAAACUACCUAUACAUUUACUUAAGAUGAUGGAAUACCUAGAGUGUGAUUCUAGGCAUAUAUCUCCACGCUGCAUAACUCUUAACAUCUGCGUCAGUUAUAGUGGACAAUCUGAAAUGGUGAUGGCUUGCAACCGAAUUUUUAAGAGACGAAUGGCCUCCAGCGAUACACGUGAGAUAACAAAGGAUGAAAUUUCGUCCGAGAUGCUUCACAGCAUAACUCAAUCAAGUUAUGAAGAAGAGGAUAAGAAGAUCUUCACAAGUUCAAUACCUAGAGAGCCACAGCUCAUCCUGCGGACAAGCGGAGAGAAGAGGAUUAGUGACUUUCUUUUGUAUGAGUGUGCUUAUAGUGAAUUUGAAUUUAUUUCGAAAAAAUGGCCUGAGAUAACGAAAAGUGACUUGAAGAAUGCACUUUUGAAUUACCUCAAACGCAAUAGACGCCAUGGAAAAUAAAUCACAGAGCUUUGAUCACAAUGAAGCUGUCACAUGGAAUAUAGCCUUUUUGUAUCAACACAAAUUAAUUUUUAUAAAUAAAGAACAAAUUGUCUAUUUAUAUCACCGUAUUCCUUAGAUUUUAAUUUAUCUAGAAGAUAGAUAUUAUAAUUCUUUUUUGGGGGGGGAGGGUGAUUUAUCGACGGUAAAUAGUAAUAAUGGAAAAAACAAAUUCCUUGUUCAUAAAGUACUCUUUCCAAAAUAAAUAAUUUGUCACAAUAAAAAUGUAACAAUCUUAAAAAAAUCACCGAUAAUAUGCAUUGAGUGAAUAACACUAUA